AUGGACUACACGAUGGAGGACACCCAGAACUCCACUCCCGACGCGCUGGAGGCGUCCAAGCUCAACUCCGCCGGACAGCGCACCGACAGCCAGAGCGUGACGAAACGCCUCCAAGCCGAAUUGAUGCAGCUAAUGCUGUCGCCCUCGCCCGGCAUCUCCGCCUUCCCUGACGCGGACGGCAACCUGCUCUCCUGGACGGCGACCAUCACCGGCCCGACCGAGACCCCCUACGAGGGCCUCUCCUUCAAGCUCUCGUUCGCCUUCCCCAAUAACUACCCUUACUCGCCGCCGACCGUGCUCUUCAAAACUCCCAUCUACCACCCCAACGUCGACUUCUCAGGCCGCAUCUGCCUCGACAUCCUCAAGGACAAGUGGAGUGCUGUGUAUAAUGUGCAGAGCGUGCUGCUCAGUCUGCAGAGCUUGCUCGGUGAGCCCAACAAUGCGAGCCCCCUGAACGCGCAGGCCGCCGAGCUCUGGGACACCGACCAGGAGGAGUACAAGCGGCACGUGCUCGCGAGACACCGCGACAUCGAGGACAUUGAGUAA